CACAGCUUCCCUUAGUCGAGUGAAAGUUCUCCAGCGCAACGGACGUGCCCAGCCAGAAAUUCAAAAACAAACCCACUUUUGGCGCGCUUUCAAAGUGUUGGAUUUAUUUUAGUUUUGUUUUGUUUUUUUUUUUUUUUGGUUUUCGUUCUGGCUCAGUGCAGCUAGUGGAAUAUAAAAUGAGGGAUUAUCCUUCGGUGCCCAAUGUGUUUCGCGUGGCCUCCACGCACAGCAUCAACAGCGAGAAUCCGUACAACAACAUUCGACCAGCGAAUGUAAUCUGCAACACCACCGAAAGGCCGCCGCUGGCCAUACACCAGCUGACCACCAGUGCAUCCAUCGAGCACAGCCACCCAUCGCAGCAGCCGCAGCACCAGCAGCAACAGUUGCUGCACCACCCGCAGCAGCAGCACCACCAGCAACACUCGCCCUAUGCAACAUUGCCGCGGGGCCAGCGACUCGCGCCGCAGCAGCAUCAGCAAGCUGGCCUAAUCAACACGAUCUCUGGCAGCAUUCCGGCCACGGGAUUUAGUUCCCUGGCCGGCAGCUUUAGUGAUCUUCAGUUGAACAACAUCGGUAAUCACAGCAGGAGCAACCACAACAGCAUCAGCAACAACCGACGACUGCAGCAGCAGCAACAGCAACAGCAACAGCAACAGCGGCAGCAGCAGCAGCAGCAGCCGCAGCAGCAGCGACUGGUGCCUCUUUUGAGUCGCCUCCAGCCAGCCAUAGAGGUGCAGCAGACGCAGCAACAUCAACAGACGCAGCAGCAACAUGUCCAGCGGAAGCAGCAGCAAGAGCGCCUGGCCAGCGGCGGUGCUGGUGCUCCCGAUCCGCAGGGAGGCAUCAGCAACAUGACCACCGUCAACGGGGGUUACCUGUGGCUCAUCACACCUGUUGCAGCCAGCAUUUCGGUGGCCAUUGUCAUCGCCGCUCUGGCCGGACCCCAGUGGCUCUUCACGGAGGAGAAGCUGCCCAAUGCCAACUACAAUGGGACGGCCAACUUCAAAGCCCUGGACGAUGGCGCCUACAUCACCAAGUACACCAAGUCCAGUCUCUGGAUAUUAUGCACCACUCUGCCAGGCCUGGAUGCUGAUUCGUAUAACUGCGUUAAGAUUGACUACUUUUCCAAUGAGGGUUAUCAGCCGGAUCCGCACGACUCAACCGCGGCAAUACCCUAUACGGUCACCAAGUCGUGUCCUAUUUUCCUGGCUGCUGGUGUAUUUCUAGUGAUCAGCUUCAUAGUUUUUCUGAUCCCCACUUGCUCGCAUCAAAACAAUCUGUAUUAUUUCAGCGCGGGAAUUCUUUUCAUUGUUAGUGGUCUAGUGAUGCUGAUAGGAUUGAUUGCCUAUAUAUCAAUACUGAAGGCGGAAAUCGGGUCGAAGUUGAGACCCCGGUCCACCCUUCAACCAGCCCUCAUCAAGGUCUCCUAUGGCCAGAGCUUCUUCCUCUUCGUCUUUGGAUUCAUUGUCACGGAAUUCGUUGGAGUCUUGAAUAUAUUCCUCUUCAUCAAUUUGCAGGAGGUUAGCUACUACAGUCGCUUGCCCUGUUUUAGUGUGGCGAACAUCCACGCCAAGUUCAAGGAGGGCCAGCAUCCGUUGAGUGAUUCCUACAAGCGGUACAAGCAGCCCGGCACCACCACAGCCAGCCAAGAAGGACUUAGUAGCGCGGGUCAGGGUCACCAGGGACAGAGUCACCACACGACGCACCAACCGCAGCCGACGGCGCAGCCACCACAUGGAAUCCUGAGGAGCGGCAAUUCCCGACUCCAUCAGGUCCACGAUGCGGGACGAGGACACCCUGGAAUGCCCGGACAGAUUGGCCAUCCCGGACAGACGCAAACUCUACCCGGAGCAUGUCGCAAGCAUCCGAAUGCCGGAUCGAACUUAAAUCUCUAUCUGCAUAAUGACCUGGAGAGGCGUUUUUACUUCGAAAAGCCAGCUGUGUCCAAGUGUAAUCUGCACUCGCGCAGCUUCGCCAAGUCGCUGAAUGAGCUUUGCACGGAUACGUCCGUGUCCUCCACCCAUGUUCCUGCGCCCCUUCUCCCUUCCGCUGCCGACCCAUUGCCCGCCCCCGCCCUAUUCGCCGACUUGCCUCAGGAAUUUCCACUCACCCGAUCCGUAUCUACCGCCACGGAAAUAUAUCCAGCUUCAUCUUCGGCUCCAGCUCCGCCCUCCGCCCAAAUGAAACGAAAGCAGCAACGGAACAUGGCCACUAAUACGAACACGAAGAUCUCAAACAAUCCCCCAUCCUCCCACUCGCAGAUGGAAGAUCAGUCGCGGCUUUGUGGCCUGAAGCGGGGCCUCCGGAAGACCAAGGACGAGCUUUUCCAGGAGUUCUGUCGACGGGCUGGUAUGCGCAGCAAGCCGAAGAACAUAUACUACAUCAGUGGCGGGGAUGAGGCGGAGGAGGAGGAGCAGGAGGACCAGGCCAAGCGGGAGGAAGUUCCGGACGAUCCGCAUCGCAAUGACGACGAUGACGCGGAUGGCGAUGACCACGGCUUCAGGCAGUUCAACCGCAUGGAGGAGGAUCAUCUCUAUGUGGUGGGAGACCAUGCCCAAUUGGUGGUGCCGCGUCGCACGUCCAUGUGCGUGGACUCCAUGGGACAGCCGCUGCGCAGACUGAACUCGAAUCUGUCCCUGCACACGGAUCUCAGUUUCCCCGGAACGGGUGGCUAUCCGGGCAUGCGGAUGUCCUUGCCACACCCGGCUGAUCUCGGCCAGAGUCGCACCUUGCCGCGCUGCUUCCUGCGACAGUCGUCCGAUUCGCUGGCCUCCCAGGGCUAUCCAUUGGGCUCCAGUCAGCAGCGGUUCUCCCAGCUGAUGCUGAAUCAGCAGCAGAAUCGCUUCGUGUCCUCCACGUUGACACUGCCCCAGGUGGUGGCGCCCAAGAGUCAAGUGCAGUGGCCCACGGCGAUUCCCUCCUCGCCGUCGAACUACUCGAAUGGCUAUCAACAGCAUCCGCAGCCCAUUUACCCAGCUCCAACAUCCGGAAGUGGAGCACCUGGGCCAGCGGCUUCGGUCUCCGGACCAGCGAAAUUCCAGCGCGGCUACGCCUUCGAUGAUCAACAGCGUAGGUCCAGUUUCGUGAGCGAUGCCUUCGACCUGGACGAGAUCGAGCGGGAGCGACGGCGAUCCCAUGCCAGUCUGUUUGGAAUGGGUCAGGUGAGGGAUCCCUACGAUCUCAUCAAUGGCACCGCCGUCUAGGAUACCCGUACCCACAUACUCGUAAUCAAUAAUGCCAAAGAAACGAAGAGCUAGCAUUUUUUUUCGGAAGUAAGGUGACAAAAGAAUAAAUAUAUGUCUAUUGCAAAAAUAAACUAUUUAAAGAUUAUAUACAAUAUAUAGAUGGUCCCAGCAGGUCUUAAAAAAUUGAUAAACUAAGCGCACAAUCAGGCCCACAAAAUCUAUCAAAAGUAUACACAAGUGAAAAGAGUAGUAAAAUUCGAAAUAGGUCUUUAAAAAUUAAUAAAUGCGCACAAUUUUGGCCAAAAAA